AGAGAGGGGGGAGAGAGAGAGAGAGAGUAGUGGUCGUUGCCAUGGGCAACCCGUCAGGACGACGGGCGAAACGAUGUCGGUGCCGAGGCGUGUUUUCAAUGGGAGGGGAAAUGGUUGAAGGAGACGGAGGGGGGUGUGGCACGAAGCGCACACAAACACACAUGCAUGUGUGCACACACACACACACACACACACACAUACACACAUACACACACACACACACAGUGGGGUGAGUUAUUUCCAAACUCUUCUGCCCCAGUUUAUAACUGGUGAGGUGUGAAGUGCACCCCCCCCCCCCCCCCCCAGUGCAGCGAGAGCGCAAUUUGCAGCCUGUGGCUGAGGCCCCAGUUGACGGCUGGUGGGCUUCAACUUGCUGCUUUCUAUUAUUAAGAAUCGAGGGUCCUCUCAACACCGGAGCAUCCGCGUGAAGGCAGAGACCGGCCGAACUCUCAGAAUACCAAGUCCGGCCUUGGCCUGAAAUAGAUGGCUGACAAUGUCAUCAUCUAACAAUAUAGCACAAGCACGGAAACUGGUAGAACAGCUAAGGAUUGAGGCAGGCAUUGAGAGAAUCAAGGUAUCCAAAGCUGCUGUAGACCUCAUGAAUUACUGUGAGCAGCAUGCCCGAAAUGAUCCACUGAUUCUCGGAGUUCCGACGUCUGAAAAUCCUUUCAAGGAGAGAAAGCCCUGCAUCAUCCUAUAGCUUUGCCCAUAAUGGAUGAAGCACUGCACUCUAACACCCAGUUUGUGUUUGCCAACAUUAUGAAGUACUCAUAACUGUGAAAACAGGUGUCUAAAUAAGGAUUGUACUUUUUUUUAAAGCUAUAGUUGAACCAGUGUUUGCAAAUCUAGCAAAGCAGAUUUAGAAAUUAGCCAAUGCAAAUUAAUUUCACCAGAUUAAGAAGGGGCAGAAUUUUAAUGUUUUCUCAUGGAUAUGCUUUCUCAUUUGUCUAACGUUUGAUUGAAAUUAGUUGAUAAAUUUGUUAUUGUGGAUGGAAGGGAUAAUGUAAGAUUAUUUUACUGGCAGAAAUCCCGAUUAAAUUGAAUUGAACAAGUACCUUCAAUCUGAAGAAAUUUCCAAAUACUUAACAGAAAAUAGAGAUCCCAAAUCAAUUGUCCAAGUAUUUUAAAAUGUCCAAAUAUGUAAGUAAUAGUUUAUCCUUAAGUGCAUAACCAGGCUUUGUAAAUAGAUCGGUUUUAAGUUACUCCGCUUAUAUUUGAUCAAUACUGUGUGCAUCAAUUCUAUUAGUAAAUUUGAUUUAACUCUGCUCAGUAGGAUUUUUGUGAAAUGGUAUCUCACAAGCAUCAUCAAUUUUAAUCAAGAUUGUCAAAAACAUGUUUUAGAGAAUUGAACAUUGUGCAGCAAAGUUUCCCAAAGUGUAGCUUCUACAUGGUAGAUCAGCAGUAUAAUGAACAUUAUGUGUUAAAGUUUUGGGUUAAGGUUAUAUAUUUAAAAAAUGGCAUUGGUUUCUUUGUGUCCUAAUUUUACUGGCAAUUGUGUAAUAUGGAACACUACGAAUAUUGCCAUCGGUAUUCGUUUAAAGUUGUUUUUUCAUAGUUCUCUAGUGCAUUUGGCAGUUUGAUAUUUUGCAAAGAGGUGGAAGGAGGCAUAACAAACUUAUCACUGACUAAAACCUGGUGGGAACGUAUUGCUUCUAAUACUUUAUAUUUUCAGGUGACUCGAUCCUGCAUUAUAAAUGCUAACAUAAUAAAAAUCAUAAACUUGUAAUCUUUUGUCUCUUGGCUAAACAUGUUUUUAAUUGGCUAAAAUUUAUAAUGAUUAAAACCACUUCUAUGGACUGUGGAAGAAGCUAUUAAAUUUUAGAAAAUAUUCAGAUCAAUUCAACAAUUGCAACAGACAGUAUUUCAAAAGAGAAUGUAUAGAAUCUUGCAAGAUGGAUAGAAUCUGUGCAAAUUACUUGAACCCUUUUAGUGCUUGCUUCCGAAUUGUUAUUCAAGUUCAACAGUCUUGUGCAAGAGCAAAUUAAUUAUGCAUGCAAUAUUGGUUGAAAUGGGAAAGUACGAGUGCCAACUAAGGUUUUACUCUACUUUAAACUUUUUUAAUUCAUAAUUUGAAAGUGAAGUAUUUAUACAACAGUAUUAACAUACAUUUGUAAGUUAGUUUUCUUAUUUCAUGAAAAGGCUUUCCUUCUAAUUACAACUGCCAAAUGUAAAUGAUAUCUACCCAGAUAGUGAAUUUUCCUGUGGUAUAAAAUUAACUACCUGGUAAUGCUGCAUGAUGUUAAUAUACUUUCAGGUCCUACCUCAUUCAACUGGGAAUAGCCUUUGUCCUAUCAAUGCUGAAAGGCUUUCGCUUUAAAGAAAUGGACUAUAGUACUAAGGGAAAAUUGAAAUGAAAAUUCACUGUCUUUGUAUAUAUUAUAAAUGAUAACCAAGUUCUGUGUAUUAAAAAAAGUAAGUUAAUUUGUCAAAACCUGCCUGAGUUUAAAGUUUGCUGUGUCUUCUAACCCUUCAACCUGCAUUUUGCACUCGGGUUUAUUAAUCUCUUAUUUCAAUAUCCAUAAUAUAUUUGUAAAAAAAAAACUAUUUUGACUCUUUGCAAAGAGAGCAUGAGAGAUUAUUAUUCCAUCAGGAUGCUUGGAUGAAUAUUAGUCAGAAGACCCAACUGAAAUAUUGCAUUAUUUGUACUCGGUGCUAUUUAUAUUCUGUAAAAUACACAGCAUACAUAUCUGAUUGAUUUCAUACUAGGUGGAACAGUUUGAGCAAUGUUUUUAAUGUUUGAAAAAUGGACAUUAGAGAAAAGGAGAAUAUUAUUGCCCAUCCAAAAUCUCUUGAGAAAGUGGCGAUCUACCACCUUGGUGAAGAUACUGCUAUAAUACUGUUGGGGAUGGAAUUCCAGUAUUUAGUAUUCCAAUACUGAUGAAGGAAUGGAGAGAUCUUUCAAGUCAGGAUGUCGUGCCACAUAGAAUGGACUCCACAGCUAGUGGAGUUUCCAUGCAUUUAAUGCCCACAUGCAUGAUGAUAGAUUCACUGGUCUGGGAGGUGGACUAUGGUAGAUGAGUAACCACUGCAUUUUGUAGAUGGCAGCCGCAAAGCAUAGAUGGUAAAGGGAUGAAUGAGAUGGCAAUCAAGUGGGCUGCUUUGAGAUGGAUGGUGUCACGCUUUGACUGAUGGUGCAGUUGCACUCAUCCAGCCAACGCAAAGUAUUCCAUCAUGACCUGACUUGUGCCUUGUAAUAUAUCAUCUUAAUUGCUGUGACCUUUCCUACUUUGGAAAGUACACCUCUUCAUUUGUGCCAUCUCCAGCCACCAUGAGUGAUUAAAGUUUUGAAUGAUAUCGGAGCCACCUUCUUUACUGAUAUAACAACCAAUAAAGCACCUUUCAUGUAAUCUGGUCAAACUUCCUUGAUGCAAAAUAUUUUACAAAACAACUGAGUCCCUUUUGUCGAGCAUUCACUGUUGUAUCUUUGAUAUGAGUGCUAUAUCAUUUCCAUACUCUGCCCUUGCCAGCUGUAAACUGGAGGGACUAAAAUUGAUUUUACUCGGUUAUCUGUUUACUAGAAAUAAUCAGUUGCAUUACCAAAUUCUCUUUAUAUUCCCACGUGGACAUGAGGUUUAUAUAACAAAUACCUUUAUUUACCAAAAUUAGUACAUUUUUGUCUUUAAUCCCUGAAUGAAAAGCAUCCUGCUAAGCACCAAGAAAAAAAAUCAAACUAGAACAAUCCCAUUUUUCCCACUAUACAGCCUUUUCACUUCUUGCACUAUCCCCCUUUCCAUUUCUCCCUGUCCCUUGCACCUUUAUCUGUUCCUCUUGCUUCACGUUUCACUCCUCUUCUGUCCUUAUCUCACAAUCUUUUGUCUCUUUUCAACUCUAGUCUUUGUCCUCUCAUCUGCUAAUCAAAAUCCUCUACCCUAUCACUUGUCUGGCUUUGUCCCACUCCCACAUCUUCUCCAGCUCCCCCCCCCCCCCCCCCCUUCCACAAUCUGUCUGCCAAUCUAUGUCCUCCAGAGAUGCUUCCCGACCGCAGUGCUACUACACUGAGGCAGAGAAUUCCACAGAUUCACAACUCUCUGGGUGAAAUUUUUUUUCUCCUCAUCUCUGUUCUAAAUGGCAUAUCUCUUAUUCUUAUCCUUCACAUCUUGGCACAUGAACAGAUCAAUGUCCUGAAAUGCUUUCAAUAGAAUAAAUUGGAUUGAAUUAAUUAAACCACAUUGGCCAUGAUUCAGAUUGUAACAUGUGACACAUUGGAGAUGUGAAUUUGCUUAUUUGUGCUCCAAUGCAUUUGCAUUAUGACAUGCCCCUUUUAAGAUGGGUUGAAAGUGUGAUAUGAUUUAAAUCGGGCCUAUUUUUCAUCAUGGUACUUAGUCAUUCACACCACACUGUUCUUGCACAACAUUAACAGUGGUCUUUUGAGGUUGGCAUUCAAAGCUUUGUUCACUAUUCUGAAUGCAAUAAAUAAUUCAACCAAGAGUAGAUUUUGUGUUUCUGUUACAUUAAUUUAGUUGAUCAGUGAUCUGUUAGCCUAAUACUAAUGUGAAUUAAUGGACAGUAAUUAAUUAAACAUAUCUAGAAUUUAUAUUGCAUGAGUCAACUUGAUCUGCCAAUACUGAUUUAUUUAUUUUUCCUCCUCUCUAGUUAAUUAAUUGAGAAUGUUUAUGCCAACACCCCUCCAGCCAGUUUCUUUCAAAAGUGGCCAUUCUCUAUGCCUAACUUUAGAUCAAUGAUAUCAGAAUUCAAGACUCAGCUUUUGGUCAAUUCCAAUUCUGCAGGUGAUGACUCCAUCAAUGGACUUUUCAUCAUUGUUUACCAGUUUUUACUUAAAUGGAGUUCUUUUUCCAUUCAAUUUUAACAUUAGAUAUGUAAAAGUAUUCAUUCAGAUCCCCUGUUCAAAUGUUUCCUUUUUUGUGAAUUCACUUGAACCAAUUAAUAAUAUAUUCUGUAAGAAAUUAUAGGAGUAUUUAAUGAAAUUAUUUCCUCAAUUAACACUAGGUAUUUAUUUGGCAAAUGAUAGGUAGAUUGGACUUGAAUUGGUUGCAAAUUUUACUUGUGCUUUAUUGGGGAGAUUUCCAGUAUUCAUUUUUUGAGUAUCUUAAUAUCUUUGUGAAAUUCUUAGAUGGUGUAUCUGCUUCUGACAAUUCACAAAUGAAUCAUUGUAGUCUGUUUACUGUAAAUGCUAAAACUGUAUUUAACGCUAGUUGCAUUGGAUGCCAAUAACUAAAAGCACAAACCAUGUACAAGAACUUUGCUGGAUCUACCAACCACUUUGAUAUUAUAUAGGCAAUCUUCUCAUUGUCAACUUUCUGUACAUGUAUUAUUCAUUGCAUUCCAGAGCCUUUUAAAAAGGUAGUUGCCAAACAGUAGUUAUUGCUCUUUCACCACGUCGGUAUCCCAAUGUGUAUUCAUCAUUAUUUACUUGCAAAUAUUCACUAAUGUUAUUCCUCCUUUUCCCUUCAUUUGCAAAUGCUGGUCAUUUAUAAUCUCUGUAUUUCAUGAUCUUGCAUAAGUGGCUAUUCUUCAUGAAUAAACUUGAACUAUGAUUUUCUUAGCAGAGUGCUUGAAGGUCUCCAGGUUACAUACCCACUAAUUAAUUACAAAUUAAGAUUCCUGCUUUAUCAAGUGGGUGACCUUUCUUCUUUAAAUAUGUUAUAAAGUUUAAUUAGACAUUUACAUUAGUUGUCCAAUCAACUAUCAACCCACUCCCCUUUAAGAGAUUCUGUCAUUUGAGUCUACUGUAGGAUCUGCAUUUUUGUGGUUCCAAUUUUCUGUUAGCUUUUUGAGACUAUUGUUUGUUUUCCAGACUAUUAGAUAUUAUCGCCAUUAAUAUCCCAACACUUUUUUUGAAUGUUACACAGUAUUAUCAUUUUUUCAGUCUCCCCAGUGUUAAUCGGAGCAUGGGACUCCUGGGUCCCAGUGAAUGUCUGGACAGUCCAGGAAUCCCUCAGUAUAGGGCAUCAUAGUAUUGUACACUGUUAUCAGAUCCUCCAAUCUGUACAGAUUUUUCAGGAUACAGACUCGACUAAUAUAAGCAUAAACUUAUUCAUAUUAGCUGAGGUUUUGAGGCAAAGGUGUUUUCAGUCUUGCAAGAAUGUUUAAGAUUAUGAAGGAUUUAUGAAAGUUAGAAGCAGGUUUUAAUUGCUGACCAGAGAGCAUAUGCUUUAGGUAAUUGGCAAAAGAAUUGGAAACUGCAGGAGAGAUUUUUAGGUAUGACUUUGUGAGGAGAGAAGUUAUCAUAAGGAGACAAACUCCUCUUCAAUCAUUAAAACAAUUAAGUACGCAUUCAUGCACAUAUUCAUAAUGUGUGUCCUGAACAUGCCACUCCAGAAGUGAUCACAUUUAAAUUCCUGUGCAAGCUUUGCUGUGUAAUAUAUUGCUAUAGGCUCGAUAGUAGCUUUGGGUGGGGGGUGGGGGGGAUGAAUACUUGAAGUAAAAAAAAUAGAGUGAUUUUGAAAGAGCUAACAUUAAUUUGAUGGCUACAAACAGCCACCUGUGAAUGUAGGAUUAAGAGGGGAAUGCAAAAGGUAAUCCAAGACCUGAUUUUGGUACAAUCCUUUUGUUGUCUCAAGACAUUAUGGUAUUUUACUGUAGCAAAUUGGAGCUUAAUUUUCCCAUUCUAAAUUUUAUGUGCACAAAAUGUUUCCAUGUCAUCAGUCUCGUACUGUAAAACAGAAUACUAACCACUUGAAAAAUUAUUCUACUGAUUAUUGUAGCUCUGUAGGAACACAUUGUUGUAAUAUUGUAUGUUACUCACUGACCCAGAUUACUGCUCUGGUUUAUGGCCUCUACUUACAGAGAGAGCACAUGUUUUGGAACAAAAAACACUCUUUAAAUAUGUUAUAGCGUAUCGUGCAUUGGUAGUAAAUCAUUUUUAAAUGUCCAUAACUGAUGCAUUUCUUCAUCAAUGAUUAAAUGAAAAGAACUAAAAUACAAAUAUUAAAACUACAGCAAUUUUUCAAUUCAAUUUCUGUACAUAUAUUUACUUAAAUUAUUCUCGCAUUGUUAAUUUAUAAGACAUCCUUUUCAGGUUAGCAUUUGUACAUUAAUUAGACAGUUGUUUUCAUUUAUUUCAGUGCCUCUUAUUGCAAACUAUCUGGUUAGAGCACUUUGUAAAACAAAUCUGCCAAUUAUUGGCAUAAUUUAAAUCCUGACUUUCAAGUACUUUGGCUAUCCGGCUGUUAUCUUGACCAUUGGUCACAUAUCUUCCUCUAGUGAUGCAAUUUUUAAAUUUGCAUCAUUAUUAAGAGCAAAUAUUACGAAAUCCACUUUUGCAAAUACAAAUCUUGCAGAACCUGAUCGUGUUCAGCAUUAUCUGUAGCAAAUCCAAAGAAGUCAUGAUUUUUUUGAGAGAAAAAAAGCAUGCACUCUUCUAAGACUCUUUUACAAAAGUAUCAUCUCUUUCACAAAUCUCAAAUUGUCAAUGCCACCAAUUAGUUUUUCUGCACACUCAUCUUUUGUAUUGAAGGCUGCCGUCUUUUAAUGUGUUAAAAGCUUUUAGUUAAGAAUCAAUUAUGUAGAUUUGAACACUCAUUGUUUGGAAAAA